AUGAUAGUUUUUCGAUUGAAUGAAGGAACUGAUGACAUAAACAGGGUUUGCAAGAUAAUAACUCACCUGACUGAUGGUGUUUAUUACGGAUCGAACAUAGUGAAGCCGUUAAGACUUGGUAAGAAAAGUGAUAAUGUGGUAAGACCAAUUUUGAUUAAAUUUGAUGACGUGAAGGUAAAAGAACUUAUCUUCAAGAACAUUGUUAAAAUGAGGCCUGGUUCAGUACAAAUAACCGUUUUGUUUUUUAAAGAGUUGGUUUCAGUUCUGGAGCAUAUAACUCUGUUAAAGGCAAAUAUUUUACUGAUGGGCGACUUUAUUUUUAUUGUGCAUAUUGAAAUAAUAAAUGAUGAAAACACCAUACGUUUAUUUGAAAUAUUUGAUGUAUUUCAACUAGUUAAUCAUAUAAAUGAGUCAACGCAGUCAGGAGGUGGAACAUUGGAUCUGGUUGUUAGCUCCGCUGAUUUUCCUAUUAUUAGUACUACGGUUUUUCCUCAUGGAGUUUUCUCUGAUCACAGUCUAAUAACGAUUAAGGCGAUAAUUGCUAAACCACGUCGAACAACAGCCAAACGAUUUGUUAGAUCAUGGAAAAAGAUUGAUAAAGAUAGAUUUGUUGAAGCAGUUUUAAAUUCUCCACUGUCUGGUUCUUGUCGUAGCAAUGAUGUUGAUAGUGAGAUAAAAAUUUUCAAUGAUGAGUUAAAGAAUAUCAUUGACAGACUGGUGCCUAAAAGGGUGAUUUUUGACAGAGGUGAGCGGGUGGCUCCAUGGUUUGAUGAAGACUGCUUGCGCGCCAAACGAUGUUGUAGAACGAUUCUACAGAAGAUGUUCAACGGAUAUAAAUAG